AUGAUUUGUUUCUUGAUGUUGAAACAGCUACGCUACAGGCAUGAUGCACCACUAGUACUCUGCGGAAUCACAUGCACAUUUGAAGGAGGACACAAAAUUGGUAUAGUUGGUCGAACAGGAAGCGGCAAGACCACUCUUAUUGGUGCUUUAUUUCGUCUAGUCGAGCCAGCAGGUGGAAAAGUCAUUGUUGAUGGCAUUGACAUUUGCUCUAUUGGACUUCAUGAUUUGAGGUCGCGCUUUGGUAUUAUACCUCAGGAUCCUACUCUUUUUAACGGAACAGUAAGAUACAAUUUGGAUCCCUUAUUUCAACACUCUGACCAAGAGAUAUGGGAGGUUCUUGGCAAGUGUCAGUUGCAAGAGACUGUCCAAGAGAAAGAAGGUGGUUUAGACUCAUCAGUUGUUGAAGAUGGGGCAAAUUGGAGCAUGGGACAACGGCAAUUGUUCUGUCUAGGCCGUGCUUUGCUGAGGAGAAGUCGGGUAUUGGUGCUCGAUGAAUCAACCGCAUCAAUUGAUAAUGCAACAGACUUGAUUCUGCAGAAAACUAUUAGGACUGAAUUUGCAGAUUGUACGGUAAUCACGGUAGCUCACAGGAUACCAACCGUGAUGGAUUGCACAAAGGUUCUUUCCAUCAGUGAUGGAAAAUUAGUAGAGUAUGAUGAGCCAAUGAAGUUGAUGAAGAGAGAAGGAUCUUUGUUUGGGAAGCUUGUCAAAGAGUACUGGUCUCAUUUUCAAUCUGCAGAGUCACAUUAAAACUGA